AUGGUCUUUGAAGGGCCCUUCCAGCCCAAAUCAUUCUGUGAUUCUAUGGGCGAUUUACAAACCUAUAAUGAAAAGUUGAUAAAUAAGGGCCGAAUUCAUCAAAUCGAAUAUGCCAUGGAAGCUGUGAAACAAGGCUCAGCAACUGUGGGGCUGAAGUCGAAAACACAUGCUGUUUUGGUUGCUCUCAAGAGAGCACAGUCUGAACUGGCAGCUCAUCAGAAAAAAAUCCUGUACGUUGACAACCAUAUUGGUAUCUCAAUUGCUGGACUUACUGCUGAUGCAAGACUCCUGUGUAACUUCAUGCGUCAGGAGUGUCUGGAUUCUAGAUUUGUGUUUGAUAGACCUCUUCCAGUUUCUCGCCUAGUGUCACUAAUUGGAAGCAAAACCCAGAUACCAACGCAGCGUUAUGGCAGAAGACCAUAUGGCGUAGGACUGCUCAUUGCAGGUUAUGAUGAUAUGGGUCCUCACAUCUUCCAGACUUGUCCCUCUGCAAACUACUUUGACUGCAAAGCAAUGUCCAUUGGUGCUCGUUCACAGUCAGCACGAACUUACUUGGAGAGACAUAUGACUGAAUUUACUGACUGUAAUCUAAAUGAGCUAGUUAAACAUGGACUGCGUGCCCUGAGAGAGACUCUUCCUGCUGAAUCUGACCACCAAGGUGAAUACGAGAAUGUUUCCAUUGGAAUUGUUGGCAAAGACAUGGAGUUUACCAUCUAUGACGAUGAUGACGUAGCACCAUUCCUAGAAGGUCUUGAGGAGAGACCACAGAGAAAGCCUGCUCCACCUGCUGAUGAACCUGCAGAAAAGGCAGAGGAGCCCAUGGAGCACUAG